AUGAUUAGCAGUCUGAUCAGAAGUCUGAUUAACAGUCUGAUUAGCAGUCUGAUUAGCAGUCUGAUUAGCAGUCUGAUUAGCAGUGUGAUGAGCAGCAAUUGUGAGAGCGCACGAUUCGGUGAGGAAGACGGAGUUGUGUACGCUUGCGUGGCGCAAGAAGAUGAAAACAACCCCGAUUUUGAUAAGUGGACCCUCUUCUACAAGGAGGACUACGAGAUUGAGGUGGAGGAUGAGGAUGGAACCAAAAGCAAAAAAACGAUUAACGAAGGACAGACGCUUCUGACCGUCUUCAAGGAGGGCUGGGCACCCGACGGAGUCUGGCUAGGAGGAACCAAGUACCAGUUUAUAAACAUCGAGAGGGAUCUGGAAUUCGAAGGCUACACCUUCGAUGUGGCGACGUGCGCGAAGCUGAAGGGCGGGCUCCACCUGAUUAAAGUCCCCGGGGGGAAUAUCCUCGUUGUGCUUUACGACGAGGAGAAGGAGCAUGACCGAGGAAACUCCAAAGUUGCCGCCCUGACCUUUUCGAAGGAGUUGGCGGAGAGCGGCGGUCAGUAG